AUGAACUGUAGUGCCUGCAACUCCAGUAUUUCUGUCACUCAAAAGCGCGUUAAGUGCUCUAACAGCGACUGCUUGCUACUAUACCAUUCGGAAUGCGUUAACUAUGACGAGAUUUCUACCCAUCGAUCUAAGUGGAUUUGCCCAACGUGUGUUGCCAGCCGUCCUAAAGAAGAUAAUAGUAAUACUCCAAUAUCUAAUAAGGGAAAAGGUAUUCAGCGUGCUGAAGUGGUUCUCUCACCUACAUCUGUAGACCUGUCUCUUGAUUCUAUCAUGAGUGAAAUACGCAGUUUUCGAACGGAAAUGAAUAAAAAGCUUGAACAUCAGCAAACUACUUUGAGUAAUUUCAAUGUAGCCUUAAAGAAAUUACAAGAAGAGGUCACGGGAGUCAUCAUAAAUUUUACUGGUAUUCAAGAGGAACUCAAUGAGGCAAUCAAAUCUCUGAAAUUUUUGUCCGAUUGUCACGACGAUCAAAAUACUUUGAAUAAAGAAUUGACGGCUAGAAUAUCAAAGCUUGAAAGUGAAAAUUCUGAACUACGAUCUAAGUCAUCUGAGAUUGAAUUUAAGAUAUGUCAAUUGGAGCAACAGUCACGUGACAGUAACUUGGAAAUUCAAUGUGUACCCGAACAUCGGUCGGAAAAUUUACUGACGCUAGUAAAUCAAUUAGCUAAGGUGGUGGCGGAUAGGAGGAUGCUCGAUGGAGAGUCAAACCUCCAUAGGGUAGGAGGAUACUCCGUUAUCAAACCCCGCACGCAGGCUUCUUCAACAUAUAGGCUGCGUGCGUGCUGGGUGCUCAGGAUGGAGUGCUCAGAAGGGACGGCAGCGGAUGAGCCCCUAGCGGGCCAACGGUGCCCGAGUCUCGAAGUGGGCGGUCUAUCCGACAUCCCUUCUUUAUACUCACACAACCUUAGCGCCACUCUUAACAAGAGAAGGCCUAAACAUCUCCUUCACGACCCGGACGAUCAGAUUACUACUGACAAUGUAAUCAAUAAUGUACACACAAUCAACCUCUGCACGACGAGGCCCCUGACUUCUGACGUCGUCCGGAUGUGCGCUCACACAACGGCCUCUGAGGCGUGCGGACUAAUCACCAUCCGAAACCCCGUCACUCUAAUAUCCCCGUCGCCUGAGCCGAGGGGACAAAUGGAGCAACAUGUUGCGGAACAUGUUCCUCAACAACUACGUGGAAUGUGCCGACAUACAUGUCGCGGAACAUUUCGUCGACCACACUUCUCAGUGUUUAUAGAAAUGUCGCCCGAGGAGGUUGUGGCUAUUAGUGCUGCGUACAUAGUAAUUAUAUCGAGUGUGUUGAAACGUAAGAGAAAGAGAAGGUGGUGGAUGCGGAAUUUCUUAUUACAACGAGAUAGAAGAGUUAAUAUUUUAAGUGAUCUCCGAAUGUCUGACGGAUCGUUUGUGAAUUUUACUCGCAUGUCAUCAUCUGAUUUUGAAAUAUUAUUGCAAAUGAUCGCACCUUCCAUAGCCAAACAGGAUACAAUAUUACGGAACGCUAUUAGUCCUCAUAUCAGACUAGCCAUUACAUUGAGGUACUUGUCGACUGGAGAUUCUUAUGCUUCUUUGUCGUACACUUUUCGAGUGUCAAAACAACUAAUACGUAAAAUAGUACCAGAAGUUUGUAAAGAACUGAUAAAAAAAUUGAAGAUAUUUGUAAAGAUCCCAGCUACUCCAAAUGAAUGGAAAACCAAGGCUAAAAGCUUUGAAAAUAUAUGGAAUUUUCCGCAUUGCGUUGGAUCUAUAGACGGUAAACACGUUUUAAUCCAAGCUCCUUCGAAUUCGGGAAGUGACUAUUUUAACUAUAAGGAACAAUUUAGUAUUGUCCUAUUGGGUAUUGUCGAUGCAAAUUACAAUUUUAUCUAUGCAAAUUGUGGUGCUAAAGGAAAAUCUUCUGACAGUGGAGUAUUCCAAGAGACUGCUUUUUAUAAAGCUUUAGCUGAUAACCAACUCAACUGGCCAACUCCAGACCCAAUACGACAAGAUGGGCCGAAUAUGCCUUACGUACUUGUAGGAGACAGCGCCUUUGCACUGACAGAAAACAUGAUGAAGCCAUAUCCCGGUAAUCAUGACGUGGGUACAACAAGACGCAUUUUCAACUAUCGAUUGUCAAGAGCUAGAAGAAUUGUCGAAAAUGUGUUCGGUAUCUUAGGUGUUGUAUUUCGUAUAUUCCGAACUCCCAUAACCAUCCUACCCUUUAAUGCUGAAGUUGUUGUAAUGGCGUGCGUAUACCUCCAUAAUUUUUUAAGGCGAAAUAGUCAAUCGAGAUCACUGUACAACCCACAUGGGACUUUUGAUUCUGAAAAUGUGGAUCACGAUAUUUUAGAAGGAUCUUGGCGCAGAGAAACUGGCUCUGUUAAUAUGUCGAAUUUAAAUGCUAUGGGAAGACGCUACCCUGAAUCUGCAAUGGAAAUAAGAAACAAAUUUGCUGAAUAUUUCAUGAGUGAAGAAGGACGUGUUCCCUGGCAGAAUAAUUUUUAAAUGAAUAAACUAGUAUUGUACUAUAUUUUUUCUUUUAAUGUUACUGAACAACGUCAAUCCUUUUAGAAGUGAAGUUUUGUG